AUGGUGGCAGAAAAAGAGACCCUGAGCUUAAACAAAUGCCCAGCCAAGCUGCCGACGAGGACCAAGCUCCUGGCACAGCAGCCGCUCCCGGUGCACCAGCCUCACUCCCUGGUUUCUGAGGGCUUCACAGUCAAAGCCAUGAUGAAAAACUCAGUCGUGAGAGGCCCUCCAAGUGCAGGAGCAUUCAAAGAAAGACCCACCAAACCCACAGCGUUUCGAAAAUUUUAUGAACGAGGAGACUUCCCAAUUGCCCUUGAACAUGAUUCGAAAGGAAACAAAAUAGCUUGGAAGGUAGAAAUUGAGAAGCUGGAUUACCAUCAUUAUCUGCCUCUGUUUUUUGAUGGGCUCUGUGAAAUGACAUUUCCCUAUGAGUUUUUCGCUCGGCAAGGAAUCCACGACAUGCUGGAACACGGGGGGAACAAGAUUCUUCCUGUCAUUCCACAGCUCAUUAUCCCGAUAAAAAAUGCCUUGAACCUCCGGAACCGACAGGUCAUCUGCGUCACUCUUAAAGUCCUACAGCAUCUGGUCGUGUCAGCUGAGAUGGUGGGUGAAGCGUUGGUGCCCUACUACCGUCAACUCCUUCCCAUCCUGAACAUCUUUAAGAAUAAGAAUGUGAACUCCGGGGACGGCAUCGACUACAGCCAGCAGAAGCGGGAGAACGUCGGCGACUUGAUCCAGGAGACGCUGGAGGCCUUCGAGCGCUACGGUGGCGAAGACGCCUUCAUCAACAUCAAGAGAAGAAUCGCUUCUUUAUCCAGUUCGGAAAGAAAGCAGGAGUCCGAGUUAAACCUUCAGUUGUGUGGACAAUAA